AUGGCGUUGACAUUCAACCCUGGCAACAUCGUUGCUCGUGACAUUGAUCCUACCCAUGUGCACCCUGAGAUCCUAAAGAUUGUGACAGAGAUCUUGGACCUUCGCCUCAACACAUUCGAGUCCACCAUAGCUGUCUCUGCAAGAGAUUACUUUGCUUUUGGCGAGGAGGGUCGGCUCUUCAUGGCAUUGCAGAUGGGGCGCAUAUUGGGCCAGCCCGUCAUGUGGGUCAAGGACGGAAUGCAUUCUAGCGUUGAUAGAUGGGUUCUUGGGCCUUGUGAGAGGUUCAUUGCCGGUCCACACAUGAUUGUCUCCGUCAACGGUAUUGCUGUCGUCGUCCCUCGACCACCACCACAACUCCUCGAGGAAGCACCCGGUGCAACCACCCAGUUCGUCAACGCUCCUGAACGAAGAGUCAAGAUCACACGACCUCCCAACGCCUUCAUCCUCUACCGCAGCGACUACCAAGCCCAAAUCAAACAGAUGAACCCUCAACUCCAGAACAAUGAUAUCUCCGGAAUCCUAGGAAAAGCUUGGAAUAAUGAGUCUCAUGAAGUCCGCGAAAGAUACAAGGCUCUCGCGAAAGCCUACAAGGAGCGCCACAACAAGAUGCACCCUGACUAUCGGUACACGCCACGCAAGCCUUCCGAGAAGCGUCAGAUGGAGAUCAAGGAUCGUAGGAGCAAGAAGCGAUCCAUCACAACAAUUUUCGCGACUACAAGUUGCCGCGAAGGAGCACCUUCGUCUGCUGCCUUAGGCCGAGUAUGCCUCGUCUUCCCUCAGAGCCAUGUCCCAGCUCGCGCCGAGAAAGUCGAAAAAACACCAACACUUGAUGUUUGGGCCAGAACUAAGCAGACAUGCCGCUCCAAAGCCACUUCGUGGAGUUUUACCUGCUCUACUCACAAGAUGGGCGAAUUCCGGACGCAUCAUUGGGCGGAGACGGUGGCGACGCUCUUGAUGGGGUUCAAGCAAAGAGUGAGCUACUUCAAGCAGAGCAAGACUCGAAAGGAUAGAGCAAUUCGCGUCGUCGCUGCCGAAGAAUCGGAUGUCUAA